AGAGAGAGAAAAUCAAAAUAGAAGAAACAAUAAUUCACCAAAACCACAUCAUCAAGAACAACCACCAGAGAUAGAUUCUUUCAUUUCCCCUUUAAGCCCUUCUCUCUGCUCUUCUCUCUCGGGCCCAAUUUUCAGGUUUCAAUCACUGCUUCCAACUCACAUCAAAAUCAACCAGCUAUCUGUGCAUCAAUUCUCGCACCCUAAUCCCCCUUUGCACAUGAAUACUUUCUGUUCAAAAUAUAGCUACACGCACUGACUCUUUCUGUACUUUUUCUUCAUUGUGAUUCCCAAUAAAGGAAUCGUUGCUGGGUUUUCUAGAUCGUGCGCAGAUCUUUGUGUUUGUUGAUCUGGAGUUUGUCUUCCUAGAAUUGACAUGAAGUUGAAUUUGAGAUAGGAUUUGUACAUCAAAGUAUUACUCUUUGUGGGAAGAAGAUUGCAAGUGUAAAGGGGACUGUAUUCUGAACUCACAGUUGUCGAUUUCGAUAUAUGAUCAGUAGUUGAGUGUGUGCCUUGUGCAUUCUAGCAGUUGAUUGGUAGCUGCUGGCUGCUUUCGAGUUUGCUUGGACAAGGUUUUUUGGUGACUUUAAGUGAUGAUUAAAAAUUUCCUUAACAAGCUUCCAAAGAAACAGGUAAAAUCAGCAGAGAGUCGUGAUGGAGGGUCUUCGACUCUCUCUUCAAAUGCUUCGACUACUUCCAGAAUCAAUUCUGCUUCAAGUGCCCGGUCAGGCAUUGUAAACUCCUUGGAGAAUAAUUCGACACAGAACUCUGGUGGUAAUCAUGGGAACAAACUUCAUGAUCCGUUACACAGCAAAGCAAACGGGAGUAGUCCACCAGUGCCAUAUGAGGCUCUACCUGGUUUUAGAGAUGUCCCGAGUGCGGAGAAGCAGAACUUGUUUAUAAGGAAACUGAGCAUGUGCUGUGUAGUAUUUGACUUCACUGACCCCACGAAGCAUUUGAAAGAGAAGGAUGUCAAACGGCAGACUUUGGUGGAGCUUGUCGACUAUGUCUCUUCAGCGAAUGGGAAAUUCAGUGAUGUGGUCCUGCAAGAGAUCGUGCGAGUGGUGUCUACAAAUUUGUUCCGUACUCUCUCUACUCAGCCUCGUGAAAACAAAGUCUUGGAAGGUCUUGACGUGGAAGAAGAGGAGCCCCUAAUGGAUCCUGCGUGGCCCCAUCUGCAAAUCGUCUAUGAGUUUCUCCUCAGGUUUGUUACAUCCCCGGAGACUGAUGCAAAGCUGGCAAAGCGCUAUGUUGACCAUUCUUUUAUUCUGAGGCUAUUGGAUCUGUUUGAUUCGGAAGAUCCAAGAGAAAGGGAGUACUUAAAGACAGUACUGCAUCGCAUAUAUGGGAAGUUCAUGGUGCAUCGCCCGUUCAUUAGGAAAACCAUAAACAAUAUAUUUUACCGAUUUAUCUUUGAAACAGAGAAGCAUAAUGGGAUUGCAGAGCUGUUAGAAAUUUUGGGAAGUAUUAUAAAUGGAUUUGCGUUGCCAUUGAAAGAAGAGCACAAACUUUUUCUUGUCCGGGCACUCAUUCCACUUCACAAACCAAAGUGCAUACCGAUGUAUCACCAACAGCUAACUUAUUCCAUCACACAAUUUGUAGAGAAAGACUGUAAGCUUGCAGAUACUGUUAUCCGAGGCUUGCUUAAAUAUUGGCCCAUAACAAACAGUUCAAAGGAGGUCAUGUUUUUGGGUGAGCUCGAGGAAGUGCUGGAAGCAACUCAGCCACCAGAGUUCCAGCGCUGUAUGGUUCCUUUAUUCCGCCAAAUUGGUCGCUGCAUGAGCAGUUCACAUUUUCAGGUUGCAGAACGGGCUCUCUUUUUAUGGAACAAUGAUCAUAUCGAGUACCUGAUCAAGCAAAAUCGCAGAGUUAUACUGCCGAUCAUCUUCCCUGCAUUGGAGAAGAAUGCAAGGAAUCACUGGAAUCAGGCUGCGCACAGCUUGACAUUAAACGUCAGAAAAAUAUUCUCUGACGUGGACCCUGAACUAUUUGAGGAGUGCCUGCUAAAAUUCCAGGAAGAUGAAGGCCGGGACGAAGAAGCCAAGGUGAAGCGUGAAGCAACCUGGAAACGCCUGGAGGAGAUUGCAAUCUCUAAGGGCGCAAGCAAUGAAACAGUGCCCAUCCCUCACAAGGCCGUGCUCACCACCCGGCCGUCCAGCUAAGUAGCACAAUGUUGUCACUGGUGAUGAUGCAUUAUGUUGUUGGAGGCGGAAACAUGAAAUUAAACUCUGCAUAUUUCUUGAUUGCUUAAUCUUUUGAAGAAGCUCUGCUGCUGGGUCGCAUGGGACGAAAGCACGAUAUCAUCGGCGGUUCCAUGACCUCAUCAUUUCGAUACGGGAUCAGAGGGGACUGUACAUACGUAAAAUGGAUGGCCAACUGCGGGUGGUUAUAGGUGCUUUUGCCGCAUGCGAUGUGCAGGUACCUUAUUUUCAGUGAUAGAAGAAAGGUUUUUCCAUCUCUUGCUCUUAGAAAUGAUGUUGAGAUCAAAAUCCAGACUUGUAUUUUUAUGUUGAUGUGAACUAUUCAUUGUAAAAGUUAUUAACAGUUGAAAUAGUCUAGGAUUUCUUUUUCUUGA